CGGCCGAUGUCAUCACGCUCCAAGGAGAAAUCAUUCAGAUUGUCGCUCAUCCUGUACUUCAGAGUCCAGACAAGCCAUCCCAGAGCCAUGCGCUGUAUGCUCUGAUUCAUUAUGCCUGCAGAUAUUCGAAGCUUUUUCGGCGGCAAGCCUGCCCAAAGCUCUCCAGCUGCCAAAGCUCCCGCCAAAAAAGAGGAUGUUUCUACUGCCCGCAAGCGAAGGAGCAGGAAGGUCGUGGAUGACAGCGAUGACGAAGAUGUCGAGAAAAAGCCCCCCACACCCAAGUCGAAACCUGCGAAGAAAGAGCCGGAGCCCCCGAAGGGAGAAAUAACCUCAACGUCGGAUUACUUUGCCUCUAGCAAGAAGAAAAGAGGAAGACCGUCCAAGGCCAAGGAAAACACAGAAACAGACCCGGAGAUAGCUAAUGGCACGGCGUCAAAGAAUGAAAUCAUCGAAAAAUCAACAAACGCCAAGGGGCCACAGGAGCGUCCUUCGAAGUCAACUGGCAGAUCAGCUACUACUGUCUUGGAAGAUGAAAAACUAGGUGGAGAUGAUAUCUUCGCGUCCGAGUAUGUCAAAGCUGGUAAAGGUGAUGAUGAGUAUGUGGAGGGAAACGAUGGCGAAAGCGAUUCCGAUGAGCUUAUCGUGAAGCCAGCUGCUCCCGCACGUACUCGGUCGCGGAAGAAAUCAAAAGCCUCGGUGUCUGACUCUGACGAUGACGUUGUGAUGGAAGAUCUAUCAAAGCUUUCAAAACCAAAGAAACCUGCGACAUUGAAGCGCAAGUCUGAGGCAAUUCUUGAAAACGACGAAGAGCAAGAUGCUGAGGCCAAGAAGCCGGCUCCGCGUGUGAAGACGGCCUCGCCAGCAAAGAAACAGAAGAAAGCUCCUACAGUGGAUAAACCCGAAAGCAAGGAGAUUCAGGAUAUCUUCGAUAGUAUACCGACUGUCAAGGCUCCUUCGCCGCCUCCAUCAGACGGGACUAAGAAAAAGUUCAACUUCGCUGCACAAGCACAGCGCUCACGCACUCCACCGAUGGGGGGAAGUAAAGAGAUGCCAGUUGGUGCGGAGAAUUGUCUUGCCGGAUUGACGUUUGUCUUCACCGGCGUCCUUGAGACAUUAGGACGGGAAGAGGGACAAUCUCUCGUGAAACAGUACGGCGGCAAAGUGACGGGUGCUCCAAGCUCCAGAACUAGCUAUGUUGUCCUGGGAAGCGAUGCUGGCCCCAAAAAGCUAAAGACGAUCCAGGAUAACAAAAUUAAAACCAUUAACGAAGAUGGUCUAUUCGAGUUGAUCCGUAGGCUACCAGCCAAUGGUGGCGAUGGCAAGGCAGCUGAGAAAUAUGAAGCGAAACAAAAGGCCGAGCAGGAGAAGAUUAGACAGAUGGCUGCUGAGAUUGAGGAAGAAGAGAAGAAAAGGAAGAAGCAGGCUGCUCCUGCUGUCAAAGAGGCGGCCCCCUCGGGUUCCCAAUCUGUGUCGACUCCUCCAAACCCUACAAUCGAUGACCGCCUAUGGACUACGAAAUAUGCGCCCACUUCCCUGAACAUGAUCUGUGGAAACAAAGGUCCUGUCGAAAAACUACAGGCUUGGCUCCGCGACUGGCGAAAGAACGCAAAAGCCAACUUCAAAAAGCCCGGCAAGGAUGGCUCAGGAAUUUAUCGUUCCGUUAUGAUCCAUGGCCCUCCUGGCAUUGGAAAAACCACUGCCGCGCACCUGAUUGCCAACCUUGAGGGUUACGACGUCGUGGAGACCAACGCCAGUGACACGCGAAGCAAGAAACUGGUAGAGAACGGUCUUCUCGGUGUUUUGGAUACUACAUCCUUGUCAGGAUACUUCUCAGGCACUGGAAAGAAAAUAGACAGUGAGAAGAAGAAUCUUGUGCUCAUCAUGGAUGAGGUCGAUGGCAUGUCGGCUGGCGAUCGAGGUGGUGUUGGAGCCCUGGCCGCGAUUGCUAAGAAGACGCAGAUUCCCCUAAUUCUCAUUUGUAACGAGCGAAGACUUCCUAAAAUGAAGCCUUUUGACAACAUUACUUAUGAGCUCCCGUUCCGGCGGCCAACUGCAGAGCAGAUUCGUGCCAGGCUAUCUACAAUUUGUUUCCGGGAAGGAUUGAAGAUUCCUCCACAGGUCUUGGACAGCUUGAUUGAAGGCACCCAUGCUGAUAUUCGUCAAGUAAUCAACAUGCUGUCCACUGUUAAAUUAGACCAGAAGAACUUGGAUUAUGAAAAGGGGAAGGAGAUGUCCAAGGCGUGGGAGAAACAUAUCAUUCUCAAGCCAUGGGACAUUGUUGGCAAGAUUCUUAGUGCCCAAAUGUUCUCGCCCAGCUCGAAAGCGACAUUGAACGACAAGUCUGAGCUCUACUUUAACGACCAUGAGUUUAGUUAUCUGAUGCUCCAGGAGAACUACCUCAAAACGAACCCUGCUCUGGCGGCGAAUUAUCAGGGCAAAGAGCGGAAGCUGAAGCUGCUGGAACUUGCUGACAACGCAGCUUCGAGCAUCAGCGACGGAGAUCUUGUUGACCGAAUGAUCCAUGGUACUCAGCAGCAGUGGAGCUUGAUGCCGACACACGCGAUGUUCAGUUUUGUACGACCGGCUAGCUUUAUGUAUGGAAACAUGAUGGAACGACCUGGUUUCACCAGUUGGUUAGGACAGAACAGCAAGCAAGGAAAACUUUGGCGAUAUGUCAAGGAAAUCCAAGGACACAUGCGUCUUCGAGCGACAGGGGAUCGCGACGAGAUCAGACAGCAAUACAUUCCUUGCCUGUGGGAUCAGAUAGUCCGCAAAUUGAUGGACGAAGGCAAAGAGGGAGUUGGCAGCAUUAUUGAUUUCAUGGACAGCUACUUCCUUACGAGAGAGGAUUGGGAUGCCCUGGUCGAACUAGGUCUCGGUCCUAUGGAUCAGUCCGUGGUCAAACUAGAGACUCAGACCAAGGCAGCCUUUACUCGUGUGUAUAAUCAACGCUCACAUCCCUUGCCAUUUGUGAAGGCCAGCAAUGUCAUCGCGCCGAAAAACACGGCGAAAGAGAAGCCUGAUCUCGAAGACGCAAUUGACGAAUCGGACGACGAGGUCGUGGAAGAAGAUACCAAAGAAGAAGACGACUCGGAGGAGCUCGAUCUGAAGAAAGACAAGUACGUCAGCGUACCGAAGAAAAAGGGGGCUGCUGGCAAGGCCAAGAAGGCCAAAAAGGCCGACGAUGGCGCCGACGACGAUGCAGAAGAGAAACCGAAGAAAGCUAGAGGUCGCAAACCGAAAGCCAAAGCCUGAACUUCCUCGAACCCACCAACCAUCCGGGCCUUUCACACCGAUAGGCUAUCUCGACGGCUUCUGUAUAGCUCCAGCACUGGUUACUGGUCAAUAUUGCACUAUUAUAUGAAUACUUGGAUGAAUAAUGUCGCAUUCAAAGUCAAUCAAUGUAUUAUUAUCGGACUACAUAAGGAAAGUGCUCGUUAAUUAGGUUAAAUGACUCAAUGCCACCCAGUAGAUCCCUAGAAAUAUCAAUAGACCUUAGACUUGUCAUCCAAUCUGUCCAUAACAAUAUUCCAUAGGAAGUUCACACUGCACUGAGCCAACUGGCGUUCUGUUUUGGUGUCCGCCAACCAACAGGGCGGAGAUGAGACCGCCACUUGAACGCUCGGCUUCCCCUCGCUCAGCCUGCAAAGCGUCCGCAGCUUCUC